AUUGCUUGGCCUGUGUCACAUAGUCGUCGGGAUGAAUGCAAGUGGGCCGGAAAAGAUGUUUUGAAAGAAUGUGCUAACUUCAUCAAGGUGCUGAAAGCUUAUAACCAGACCCAUUUGUACGUCUGCGGAACUGGGGCUUUUCAUCCUAUGUGCACAUACAUUGAAGUUGGAGGACAUCCUGAGGACAACAUUUUCAAGCUGGAAGAUUCACAUUUUGAAAAUGGCAGAGGAAAAAGUCCUUAUGACCCCAAACUUCUGACAGCUUCUCUUUUAAUAGAUGGUGAGCUGUAUUCAGGAACUGCCGCAGACUUUAUGGGGAGAGAUUUUGCCAUUUUCCGCACUCUGGGGCACCACCACCCGAUCCGGACCGAACAGCAUGAUUCCCGCUGGCUCAAUGAUCCCAGGUUUAUUACUGCUCAUUUGAUCCCUGAAAGUGACAAUCCAGAAGAUGACAAGAUAUAUUUUUUCUUCCGAGAAAAUGCAAUUGAUGGGGAGCAUUCUGGAAAAGCCACGCAUGCCAGAAUAGGACAGAUCUGUAAGAAUGACUUUGGUGGACACAGAAGUCUUGUCAACAAGUGGACAACUUUUUUGAAAGCACGCUUAAUGUGUUCUGUGCCGGGACCUAAUGGCAUCGACACCCAUUUCGACGAACUCCAGGAUGUGUUUCUAAUGAACUCAAAAGAUCCUAAAAACCCAAUAAUCUAUGCAGUAUUUACCACUUCCAGCAAUAUCUUCAAGGGCUCAGCUAUUUGUAUGUACAGCAUGGCUGAUGUGAGGCGGGUGUUCCUGGGCCCCUAUGCUCACAGAGAUGGUCCCAACUACCAGUGGGUCCCCUACCAAGGAAGAGUGCCGUACCCUCGGCCAGGAACCUGUCCAAGUAAAACCUUUGGAGGCUUUGACUCAACCAAGGAUCUACCUGAUGAAGUCAUCACGUUUGCAAGAAGCCACCCAGCCAUGUACAAUCCUGUGUUUCCUAUUAAUAAUCGGCCCAUUAUGAUCAAGACGGAUUUAGACUCUCAGUUCACACAAAUUGUGGUGGAUCGGGUAGAUGCGGAAGAUGGGCAGUAUGAUGUCAUGUUCAUUGGCACAGAUAUUGGGACUGUUUUGAAAGUGGUUUCAAUCCCAAAGGAAACCUGGCAUGAUCUGGAGGAAGUGUUAUUGGAAGAGAUCACGGUCUUUCAGGAACCCACACCUAUUUCAGCCAUGAAGAUUUCCACGAAGCAG